UACUAGAGUACUACGAUAAAUGCAUCUCUAUGCUAGAUGAGUACAACAUCGGCAUUUGAAUCUCAUGAAGAAAAAAAUUUUCAUACUAAUGUUUGUUUGGUAUGUUAGGGGGUGGAUAGAGCCCACUAUCAACCCUUAUGUGUGUGUUUGAAUGGUAUGUUAGUAGUAGCAGCGACCCGGCUUCUUAACACACGACCCGGUUGUUGUGGUGUUUAUUAGGCUCCGAAGAGCUGUUAACACUAUCACUACUGAUUUGUGUGUUAGAGUUUUGCCUGCAAUAAAUUGAUAGGGGAGCAUCCACCAAAAUACACAAUUACCCCCAAAGCUUUUUUGGACCCACCAUCGUCUUCAUCGAUUAGGAUUCCCAAAUUCGAUGAAUUGAAGAUCUGCGGCGAUUUUGCUGCGAUUCAAAAACCAACACCCACAUCGGCGGUUAGGCUGGGUUUGCGACGAUUUUGGGCGUUUAUUGCUGAUUCACUCCAAUUCUUAAACCAGAGCAAAAUUCCUGCUUCAAUUGGAUAGGAGCCAUGACCGAUCAAGAUCUGAGUGUGAAGGUAACCCGAAAAGAUGAGGAAUCUACCACCGUUCUGAUUUUACUGGAGGAGGUACUGAAAAAUCUAAGGCUGAAUCUCCUCUUGUGGAACCCGAUCCAGUUGAUGAUGCAUGCACUGACCCAAGGUGGAAAUGGUUUAAGGGAUGCCUUGGGGCUUUGGAUGGUACGUGUUCCCAUUGCGGACACGCCUAGGUACCGAAAUAGAAAGGGACAAGUAACGACAAACACUCUUGCGGUUUGUGAUCGACGACUCCGUUUUGUGUAUGUACUACCAGGAUGGGAGGGAUCGGCAGGCGAUUCGAGGAUAUUACGUGACGCCAUAAGCCGGCCGUUUGGACUGAAAGUUCCAAAAGAGUGCUAUUAUCUCUGCGACAAUGCGUAUUCAAACAGCGAGGGAUUCAUCACACCAUACAAAGGCGUUCGCUAUCAUUUGAAAGAAUGGGGACCUGGAACACGGGCACCGCAAACUCCACAAGAACUUUUCAAUUUAAAGCACACCAAAGCAAGGAAUGUGAUUGAGCGUGCCUUUGCUGUUCUUAAGAUGCGCUGGGGCAUCCUUCGCAGCCCGAGUUUCUACCCUAUCGACAUCCAAACCGGUUUGAUAAUUGCUUGCUUCCUGCUGCACAAUUUUAUUCGUACUAAUCUCGAUGUGGAUCCCUGUGAGGACAGCUUAAAUACUCAACCGGAUGACGGGUAUGGUAGUGACAACGAUGAGCCCGUAGCUCCAACUAUCAAUGCUGUCUUGCCAACCGCUUUAUGGACGAAGAAGAGGGAUGACUUGGCGGCUGCAAUGUGGGCUGAAAGAAUGCUCGGGUGAAUGCAUACCAUGAGUGCCUGCAUUGUUUCGAUUCUAGUAUUCAACUGUGUAUCUGUCUGUUGGAUAAACUACUGUUUUGUAUGGAUUGGUUAAAAUUUGUUGUGAGCAACGUUGUUAUGUUUGGAUUUGGAAGAAGUUUAACUUAUGGAUAUUUCAACCAAUUGAAGUUA